CUGGAGGCCCUGGAGCUGCUAGUGCUGGAGGUGCUGGAGGUAGUGGAGUUUCUGGAGCUGCUGGAGCUGGUGGUGCUGCUGCUGCUCGAGGUGCUGGAGCUGCUAGUCCCGGAGGUGCUCGCACUGGUGGUACUGGAGCUGAUGGAGCUAGUGGUGCUGCUGCUACUGCUGCUGGAGGUGCUGGAGCCGCUGGUCUCGGAGGUGCUCGUACUGGAGGUACUGGAGCUGCUUGAGCUGGAGGUACUACUGGAGCUGGAGCUGCUGGAGGUCCUGCUGGUGUUGGAGCUGCCGGAGGUGCUCGUACUGGAGGUACUGGAGCUGCUGGAGCUGGUGGUACUGCAGGGGUUGGAGCUGGAGGCGCUGGAGUUGGCGCUGCUGGAGGUGCUGCUGGAGCUGGAGCUACUGGAGGUGCUGCAGCUGCUGUUGGAGCUGGAGCUGCUGGAGGUGCUGGAGCUGGUGGUACUGCGGGAGUUGGAGCUGGAGACCCUGGAGCUGGGGGUACUGGUGCUGUCUCUAUUGUUUCUGGAGGUGCUGCGCGGCCGCGGCCGUACUACGUUCCGCUCCUUCAGCAGAUUCUUGCGUCCUCCUGCUGUCCCCGGCACACCCCUGAUGGCACUUCGUCCUUCCACUGCUCCACAGCGUGUCCCUCUGCCUUCUCCUCCUGCGUCCUCUCUUCCUGACGGUCUGGACCGGGAGUCAAACUCCCUUCAUGCCGCUAGUCCUACUGUCACGCGUCUCCUGGCCACUGUUGUCACUGAACCUUCGUUCGAGUCCACUGCUGCGUCGGCUCUAGUUGCUGAGCUUGUUGACUUUGCUGCCGCCUGUCGUCUAGACUACGCCGCUAGUCUUGUUGCUGAGUCUGAGUCUGUCUGUCCUCCGUCCGUCGGAGGUGAGUGUGCUCUUGGCACGGACGUCCUUGAGGACAGACAGGAGGAGUUUGAGUUCUUUGCCACUGCUGUACCCUCGUGUCCACGCUGA